CAAAAAUGCGUACAGUUGCGGUGGAAAGUGACGGCGGGCGUCCCUGCGAAAGCGCAACGAAUUCUUGGAGGGGUCCUUGGAACUGCUCACCAUGGCAGAUGAGGAAUGUCGAAGCACGCUGGAUCUGAUGCAGCCCGAAGUUUUGUCUGUUGAAGUACUCAGACAGGUUCUUUCACAGCGCCUGGUGUCGACCGAGCUGGCCGGGGCACCGAAGCCGGCAUUGGUGGAGCUCUGGCACCGUCUGGUGACGCCGCUGCCGCAGCGGACCUACGGCGGCACCAACACCGGCCGCUGGUACGCGGCGCGCCAGCGGAGGCCGAGGCCCGGCCCGGCCGGCGACAGUGCGUGGAAGUCAGCCUCUCUGUCGCUGUCGGACGGCCGCUCCAACGCGUCAGCCGCCGCCGCGCGCGUUGCUGCACCCAGCGUAGCGACGGCAGCGCCGCCCGGCGGCGAUCGCCUGAAGCCUCCGCCUGCGGCGCUGACGGGCGAGAAGCGCAUCAUCAAGCUGAACGGCAAGCGGUCAGCCGAAGGCUCUCUGGACGGCAUCGUCAUCCGGCGCCGCACUGAAACCAGGGAGGCCACGCCGGACGAGGGUGCGAGGUCACGCGUCACGCCCCCAGCCGGCGGCGCCGCGCCGGCGGGCGUCACGGUCGGCGCCGUGGGCGCGACGGCGGAGACGCAGCCGGCAAACAAUGGGAAGCAGGAGCCGGUGGACUGUUCGCUGGACAUCAAGGCGAAGCUGCAGGUGGAGAAGCGGAAGAUCAAGAUACGAAGGAAGGUGUCCGGGCCUGAACCGGAGGCGAAGCGAACUGCUGGAGAUCGGUGAG